AUGGCGACUGGGGCGGACUGCAACCCGUGCGGGUGUACACCCCUACAUCCCUACCGCAGUCCAGCUCCCAGCAUCACCGUGCGGCUUGUGCCUAUCCGCACACACAUGCUGGCCGCCCAGUUGGUCGUAGCCACAACCUGGGCUGUGGGCCUGGGGGCGCUUCCUAAUGGCAUGUGGAUACCUGGUGGGAUUGCCUGGUCUGGGCAAGUGUGUAUCCAGGGCCAGACCAGCGAGGACCUGGCUGGCGACGAGUGGAUGACGGACAUGAAGGGCAUGGUGCUUAAGCAGGCUCGCUUGGCUUGGCAAGGUAUAUAG